CCCCUGGGCUCUGCUGGGUCCCCCAGAGAGCCAGGCGGCUGCCAGGCCCAGGCUGGGAGGGUGCUGGGGGCGCUGCCCCCUGCCGGCGCUGACGGCGUCUCUGGGGCAGGUGCAGAGCGGGAACGGCACGGGCGGGCCGUGUGCCGACGGGCGGGAUGUGGAUCCCUGCAAGGAGGCCGGCUACCGUGCCCGCAAGGAGGCCAACGCCCGCUGCAAGGUGCUGAAGUCGGGGGCAUUCGAGCCCUGCCACCCCCUGGUGCCCCCGGAGCCCUUCUUCGCCGCCUGCGUCUACGACCUGUGCGCCUGCGGGGCCGGCGCCGACCAGUGCCUGUGCGACGCGCUGGAGGCCUACGCUGCCCUGUGCCGCCGGGCCGGGCUGGCUCUGCGCUGGCGCUCGCCCACGCUCUGCGCCGUCGGCUGCCCCCAGGACCGGGGCUACGUGUUCGACGAGUGCGGCCCGCCCUGCCCCAAGACGUGUUACAACAAGGACGCACCGCUGGGGGCCAUCGAGUCGCGCUGCUUCACGCCCUGCAUGCCCGGGUGCCAGUGCCCCGCCGGGCGGGUGGAGCACGAGGCCCACUGCGUCCUGCCCGAGGCCUGUCCCCAGGUCGUCUACGGCAGCCUCUGAGCCCCCCGAGCCCCUGCCCCGGGGACGCCUGCGCCAUCCACCAUGGCCCCGGGCCCGGCCACCCUCCCUGCCACAGCCCCCGGGAUGUGUGCCCUCCGCCAUGGCCCCAGGACCAGCCUCCCUCCCUCCCGCAGCC